UUGCAAACUGCGUCAUACGCUUCAGCUGCGGAGAAAACACGACGCAAGAGCUGCAGACGGCCGUUGACAAAAAAAAAAAAAAAACAAAAAACAACAAUACAUAUACAUCCACCUCUUCAGUGACUGCGAGACCCGACCAGACGUUUCCGGUCCAGCAUGGUGAAGAUUGCUUUCAACUCGGCUCUAGCCCAGAAGGCGCUGGGCAAAGAGGUUCCAGCCGCUGCGAAGGAUCCAGAGCUGGCCUCUGCUCCGGCGGCCACAGAGGGCUCCACAGGUCGCUGUUUGCUCACCCUGCUCGGCAUCGCCUUCAUCCUGAGUGGGCUCAUCGUGGGAGGAGCGUGUCUCUACCGAUAUUUUACCCCAAAGCGGCUGUACCAUGGCGCCAUGCAGUUCACCGACAUGUCCACCGGGGCAGAGGGCCAGCCGUACUACCUGCCGCGGGUGGAGGAGGAGGUGGAGAUCUCGGACAGCAUGGCCGUCAUCAGCGUGCCCCCACCUCGCUUCCGACCCGGAGACCCCGCGUACAUCCUGCACGACUUCAACAGGAAGCUGACGGCGUACCUGGAUCUGACCCUGAGGACCUGCUUUGUGAUUCCCCUCAACACCUCGGUGGUGCUCCCUCCCCAGGAUCUCAUUGACCUCUUCUCACAGCUCAUGUCUGACUCAUACCGCAGCUACCUGGUGCACGAGGACCUUGUGGUCACUGAGCGCAUUGAGGAUGUCAAGCCUCUGGGCUUCUACAUCCGCCGGCUGUGUGAUGGAAAGGAAACUUACAGAAUGCAGCAGCGAUCCAGCCUGCCAGGCGGAAACAUCCAGAAGCGCUCCGCCGACGACUGCUUCACCAUCCACCACUUUGAGAACAAGUUCGUGACGGAGACCCGCAUCUGCAAGGCCUGAUGAGGAAACGGGUGUGACUGCAGGUCGGAGAGAGGAAACGAGGCGAGCCUGGGCGACGGACGGACGGACGGAGGGAGGGAGGGAGGGAGGGAGUGGAUGAACGACAGCGACAGGAAAACCCAACUUUCAGCAGAAAGCUACUUUUUGUACAAAUCGUUUUGCCUCCCUUGCUUCUUCCCAGCUUGUGUCGAGUGAGUUUAUGUUACGGAGUCUCCGCUGCCGUGCUUCCCUUCACCCCGUAUAGGUCGUAGCGCUCUCGCUCAAGUAUUCACUACCUAGUUUUUAAUUAACGUAGACGCACUAAGUUUCAUUUGUUCCGUUACAAGCCGUUUUCGUUUCUGUGGCUUCCUGCAGACCGAUCUUAUCGAUGUUAUUAUAUCACAGCUCAGAGCUGUUGGAAACUCUACUAAAUGUUCUAGUCACGCUGAGAAGGUGUGAGAUGUGUCUUGUGUCUUCUGUGGCCACCUUUCACCGAGCAGCUUGAACAGCGCGUUGCAACUGCAGUGUUUGGGUGGAAACGUCGCAGCGCGUUGACCUUUAUGGUUGCCAACGUGGAGAAAUGUUCGACAGCUGCCGCUCAUCACUUUUGUAGAUAUUUCCCAGAGUGCCCUGCUGCUCUCGGUGGGGGUGGGGUCCUCCUCUGUCCUGCCGUGUUAUGAUUUAGUGUAACUGAUGGUAAACAUUUAGUAUUUUUUAUUUUUUUUGUGUGUUUUAGGUAGAGACAUUUAUAUAUGUUCACUAGUAAAAAGGACGAGUUAAGCUAGAGACACCGAGCUAAAGGGAAAUUUCCCAUUAUUUGAGGCGAAAAGGUUUGAUCACCUGGUUUGAUUUAGGAAUUUCUUGGUAUAUUUAAUUUUAACCUUGAUUAAAAAACAAAACGAUGUAAUGCAUUGUUAUGGUAAUUUGUGAGAUUUGAAGUUUUUACAUUUUUCACCGGGACUCAUACGCUGCUUAGGUUUAUUUACAUAAAAAAAACGAUACGCUUGAGUUGGAAAUCCCAUGAGAAACAAACAAACAAAAAAAAUUCAGAAUAUUUUUUGAAAGGGCUUCUUGCCAAAAAAAAAAAGAAAAAGGGAAGAACAAUGAACCUUUAUCAGUUCUUUUAGUGGUUUCUUCUGGGAAUCUCACACAGGAAGACAAUCAGUAGGAAGUGCGCUUGUAAAGAUGGGCUCCUGACUGCUUUUCCAACGAACUCCAGUGAAAUAGAAAUAAACCUUGUGUGAAGCUACUGAACUGAAUUUCAUUUUGUUGUUGAAUAAAGUUGCUUUUCUUAACCUACAUAAAA